UGUAAUUCUGCUGUGAUUUACCACAAAAUUGCGAAACACUUCUUCAUGUUGUUGUAAUUUUGGAAAUUUGGUGAGCUAGUUUUUGGUUGAGCACAAUAGUAUAUAAGACCAUUGUUAACACCCUGAGCUGGAAGUAGGAUCCAACCCUCACAGAAUGAUCAAAAAGGGUGUUACUGAAAGUUUUGGCGCUGCAGUCUCCUGUCUGAGCACAGCUCAUCUGACGGAUGAAGUCAUUAGGAGGAGUAAGAGAAUGAUACUUGACACGCUGGGAGUGGGAUUACUUGGAUCCAGCACCCCUGUCUUUAACACAGUUUUUCAAUACAGCCAGAGGCAGCAAGCUGUGAAAAACAGCAAAGUUUGGGCAAGACCAGGAUCAUCUGUUCCACCUAAUUAUGCAGCCUUUGUAAAUGGAGUUGCGGUGCAUUCUAUGGACUUCGAUGACACCUGGCAUCCAGCCACUCACCCCUCUGGCGCUGUUUUGCCUGCUGUCCUGGCACUGGCUGAAACAUUGCCUGUCAAACCCACUGGCCUCGAGCUGUUGCUUGCAUUCAAUGUCGGCAUAGAGAUUCAGGGGAGGCUUCUGAGGUUUUCCAAAGAAGCACACAACAUUCCUAAGAGAUUUCACCCACCUGCAGUUGUUGGGGUUAUGGGGAGUGCAGCUGCUACAUCAAAGCUCCUGGGACUACCUCCAGCCCAAAGCAUUGCAGCUUUAGCAAUAGCCUGUUCUUCUGCUGGUGCCCCAAUGGCAAAUGCUGCUACGCAAACCAAGCCGCUCCACAUGGGCAACGCUGCCAGGGGUGGUCUGGAAGCCACUGAACUUGCUCUUCUCGGCCUUGAGGGCAAUACACAGAUUCUUGAUCUGGAGUCGGGCUUCGGUGCUUUCUACCCAGAUUACAUCCCUCGCCAACUUGCCGAGGUCAACUCUGCUUCUCAAUACAGGUGGGUGUUAGAAGAUCAGAACAUUGCACAGAAGCGCUUCCCCGCCCACCUUGGCAUGCACUGGGUGGCAGAUGCAGCUAUAGAAGCAAGGGCAAAAAUUCUAGAAAAACACCCAAAUACUGAUGUUAGCCAAAUUCAGAAGAUUACACUUAGAGUGCCCUUAUCCAGAUAUGUAGACUGCCCUCUACCAGUUACCGAGCACCAGGCCAGACACUCUUUCCAGUUCAACUGCUGCACUGCACUGCUGGACGGUGAGGUCACUGUUGAAUCCUUUAGCAAAAGCCAAAUGAACAGAAGUGCCCUUCAAGAGAUGCUUCUUAAAGUAAACUUGGAAAAUCCACAAGACAAUCACUCAAGCUUCGAAAAGAUGUAUUGUGAAAUUUCCGUGGAGACGACACAGGGGGAAACAUUCACUGCACACUGUGACACUUUUUAUGGUCACUGGAGGAAACCACUCCGUCAUGAGGAUCUGCUGAAGAAAUUUAGGGCGAAUGCAUCGACGGUGCUAACCCCUGAUUUUGUAGAGGGAAUUAUUUAUACUGUUGACAAUCUAGACAGCAACCAGGACUGUUCAAUGCUGUGGUCAUAUAUGCACUUUAAUAAGCAACGCAUGACGCACAGACAUGAGCACUGCUUUUCACUUUCAGUCUGAAUUGUAAUGAAAUCGAAAGAUUUGAUUUAAUUAACUGUGUAAUUUAUUAAUAAUUACUCUGAGAUAUAAUUUUCAACACUAACUGUAAUAUAAUUUUCAAAUCAGUUCUGUAGUUUCUUUCCAAAUUUCUAAAUUUAUCUAUUCUAAUGCCGCAAAAUAAAACAUCGAAUUUCAAAUCUAUUGGUUUUUAACACGUCUAAGAUUUGUCAUUCUUAAUAAAAUUGCUGGUCAACUUGAUUUUAGUUAGAUCCUGGGUGUAAGUCAUUGUUUAGAAAAAUACACAGCAUUUCAUAAUAGAACUACAUCAAAACAUGUAUUCUUUGUUCAUGAAACGAAACGGAAAGAUGACGAAAGAAUGGAAAAUGCACACCACACAAAACCUCUCUUUCACCAAAUGUUUCACAACACUUAACACUUAUAUAUAUAUUUUUUCAGCUGGGUUAGUAUUUAAGAGAGAACAUUUCUGCAUUUUUUUGCCAAAACAGGA